AUGCCUAUGUUAGUCCAUCCUCUUCUUCUACGACCUAUCACUCCCUUUCUCAUCUACCGCCCUUCACUGGUUGGCAAGAGUUAUUCCAACAUAUUCACCACCACAGCUAACACCCGCACCCAAACUUCUGGUAGGAAACUUGAUGGCAGCUGCCAAUGCGGCGCUGUAGAAUUCACUCUACAGUCCCACACACCCGUGCCCUACCAGCUCUGCGCCUGCAGCAUCUGCCGCAAGGUCGGCGGAUACAGCGGAAGCGUGAAUCUGGGUGGUAUCGCCGAGAGCUUGCAGAUACUUAAGGGAAAGGAUGCUAUCAAGAAGUACAAAGCGAUCAAAGACCGAGGCAAGCCAAACGAAUCGAUGUGUUCGAGUGAACGUAGCUUUUGCUCGAAUUGCAGCACAAUGCUAUGGCUGUGGGAUAAUCACUUCCCGGAACUCGUUCACCCGUUUGCUUCGGCAAUCGAUACCGAUCUACCGGUACCGGACGAGAUGGUGUGCAUUCUGGAGGAUUCUAAACCGGCUUGGGUGAGAUGGCCUGAGGGCAAGAAGACGGUCUAUAAGCAGUACGGAGACAGUUUGGAGGGUUGGCACAAGAAGAAAGGACUAUUCGUGGAUUAA